UUAGUUUGUUGAUAUUUUUUGUUUAUUCCUAGUCCUGACUUAUCUCUACUUUUAUAUAAAGUGGAGUAAAGCAAUGUGCUCUCAUUAAAUUAUUACUAAUUUUCACAUUUAAACGCUUCUAGUCAAUAUGUGUCGAGACUCACAGAAUGUAGUAAUGUUUUUUUACAUUUUGUGUUUCGAAGUGAUAAUAAUAAACUCAAAGACUUCUACUUUAUGGAAAUUGAAUUCAGAUAGGACUAAGAUUAUAGAAGCCAAUCCAUUUCAUCCCGUAUUAUCCUAUUCAAGUGACACUUCCAGCCAAGGAUUAUUAGAGGAUCCUCUUUUUGACAUAAUUACUUCUACCGAACACUUUGGCCAAUCGUGGAUUAAACAGGCUGUACAAUACUAUUGUAUAAGUUGCCGAACUACUGAUGAGAAAAAUGAUACAAACAAUACUCAUGAAGUUAUGGCAGUAAAGAAUUUAAAAUUGAAAACUAAUGAAGAAGUUUUAGACUGUGGCAAACCUGUCAAUUUUACAUAUUAUGAUAAUCUGGUAGGGGUUCUAAAUAGGAAUAGACAUCCUAGUGUGCCUGAACCGCAAGCUAUUCUAUAUUUUAAUAAAAAUUUUGGAAGGCUUAAAAAUGAUCUCGAUGAAUUAGAUAUUGAUGCUUUAGAGCGUAAACUUAAGAAAGCCAAAAGAGAGAAACCCAAAUCUGUUCAACUUUAUAACCAAAUCGGAAAUUUUUGGAGAAUAAAAGGUGACGCAAGUAAGGCAAUUGAAUGUUUUCGAAGAGCACUGGCAGCAUCUCCGCACAAUGCUGAGGUGUUAUUGAAUUUAGCCAGGGUGUUGUUUUCAUUGCAAUAUUUAGAUGAUGCUAUUUAUUUAACGAGAAGAUCUCUUGAAGUUCAGCCACCAGAAAAAGGUGCUUGGCAGCAAUAUUUCACAUUAGGUGAAAUAUUUAAAGCAUAUGGCCAUUAUCAAGAAGCUUCUAUACAUUUAAGGCAUACCUUAGAGUUAAAUCCUGGGUUUGAACCAGCACAUUUAGCUCUUAAAGAAAUGGAAACCAUGCCAGCAGCAACCAUACACAUUUAUACUUUGGUAAUUAUUGUUUGUCUGGUAUUAGGGGUUCUUUUGGUAAUAUUGUCUUCUGUUGACAAUAUUACUGAAUGUCCUGAAGAAAUUAAACCACAGAGACACUUUAACAAAGCUAUGGCGAUGCGAUCUCUAAGAGGAAUAACAAUGUCAACCAAACGAUCAAAAAAAUUGUCCACAUAACAGAUCUGAUAUUUUUUUUAAUUGGACUGGAUUUUUUUCAUUAAGCGAUAUGCUAAAAUUUUGUUUGUACCUGUUUGAAUUGCUCAUUUUAUAGUUUUGAAUUAACUUAUUAAAU